CAGUGUUCUUCAUUUGACCUAACUUAUUAAGCUUCUGUUAAAAAAAAAGUCAUUUUGUGCAUGUUUGGCUUUUCAUGUGCUUUUUUUGUGCACAGGUAAGUUUUUUAAGCAUAUUUGAUUGCUUUCUGCAUGUCCCUGGCAGUAGAUGUGUGACCAUCUGAGGUCCCAUCCUGAACAAUGCAUUGUGGUGCAACAUUGACGCCUGUGUGCCGAGGUUUCACGUUACAGGUUAUCUGCGUUAAAGGAACAGCAGUCCUGAGGGUUUGAGUCAGUUUUGAAAACUGCCCUGCUAUUGGUAGGGACGCGACAGGAUUACAGCCAAGGCUUCCCUGCAUUUUCUGCCAAAAUCUGUCAGAUUUAGGACACAUACUUCUGCAACCUUCCAUGAGGGUUGUGAAAAAAAAAAAAGUUUGAAUCCAGAAUUGGGUUCCAGGCUUCUUGUAGCUGCUAACAGCGGUGGCCGCACCACCUCCUUACAAAGCAACUAGAACCCAGGGCAUAGGGUGGAGAGGGUUUCCUUUCCUUCCGGAGAAUGCCUUUUGAAACAGUUUUCUCUAGCUGCCUGAUGUCAACUGCUUGGUAAUCAGUGGAUAUUAAAAUCUUCAAAAUGUACAGACAGUGGGCCGUGGUGAAUAUUUUCAUGAUGUCUUAUCUGCACCUGGCACAGGGCUCCAGUUACGAACAUGGAACGGUGAAGCGGGCGUCUCGGUCAACCUUAGAACGGUCUGAACAGCAGAUCAGGGCGGCCUCCGGUUUGGAGGAGCUGCUGCGAAUCACACACUUCGAGGACUGGAAGCUGUGGAGAUGCCGACUGAAGCUCCCGAGUUUGACCGGCACAGACUCCCGCUCGGCUUCCCAUCGGGCCACCAGGUUUGCGGCCACUUUCUACGACCUUGAAACCCUAAAAGUUAUCGACGAGGAAUGGCAGAGAACCCAGUGCAGCCCCAGAGAGACGUGCGUGGAGGUGGCCAGCGAGCUGGGGAGGAGCACCGACACGUUCUUCAAGCCCCCCUGUGUGAACGUGUUCCGGUGUGGGGGCUGCUGCAACGAGGAGAGCCACGUCUGCAUGAACACGAGCACCUCCUACAUUUCCAAACAGCUCUUUCAGAUAUCAGUGCCUUUGACUUCAGUACCUGAAUUAGUGCCUGUUAAAGUUGCCAACCAUACAGGUUGUAAAUGUCUGCCAACGGCUCCCCGCCAUCCAUACUCCAUUAUCAGAAGAUCCAUCCAGGUCCCUGAAGAAGAUCAAUGUUCCCAUUCCAAGAAACUCUGUCCUAUUGACAUGCUAUGGGACAGCAACAAAUGUAAAUGUGUUUUACGGGAGGAGAAUCCACUCGUUGGAAUGGAAGAGCCCUCUCAUCUCCAGGAACUCGCUGUCUGUGGGCCACACAUGAAGUUUGAUGAAGAUCGCUGUGAGUGUGUGUGUAAAACCCCGUGUCCCAGAGAUCUCAUCCAGCACCCGGAAAACUGCAGUUGCAUUGAGUGCAGAGAAAGCCUGGAGAGCUGCUGCCAGAAGCACAAGAUAUUUCACCCAGACACUUUCCCCUGAAUUUCAUUCGUUGACAUUUACUGUGAAUGCCAUUUCCAUUUGGCGAGAUUCCUUCCAAAAGCAUGUUUUGCCAAUUCUCAGCUCCCCCCCUUUUUUGAUAGUAAAGCAGAGGUUUGGCAACUAAGGAAUAAGUGAGAGUAUAUAGAGGGAUGAUUGAUUUGUGAAAACAAGAAAAUCCUGCCUGUUAUCGUUGGCUUAUGGAUCUUAAGCAAAGACUUAAUUGAUGAGAUUUGAACAAUUAUUUGGGGGGUAGAUUUCAGAUCCGCAGACUCUUGGGUUCAUUCUCUCAAUAUAUGUCCACAUAUGUCGGUUUGUUUUCUCAUCGAGGAAGGGGAUGGCGCUGGAUUUAUAUAGCAAGAAAGUCAUCGAUAAAGGACACUUACAGGCUGCCGUCUGGGCUUUCAUAGAUUUUGGAUCCGUGCGGAAUACCCGUUCCGGAUUUUAUAUUGACAUUUUACAUACAUAUCUGGAAAAUUUACUUUGAAAACUUAAUCAAAUCAGAACAGAGUUAUUCCUUUGGAUUUAGUCCUUGAUUCUGAACUCUCAUGUUUAUUUUCUUUUGCAACAGCUGUGAGGACAGAUGUCCCUUUCACACCAGAACAUGUGCAAAUGGAAAACCAGCAUGUGCAAAGCAUUGCCGCUUUCCAAAGGAGAAAAGGGCUGCCCAUGGGCUCCACGGUCAAGAAAACCCUUGACUCCGCUUUUUCCCAAGGUCUCCAUCCCUGACAUUUUAAAUGGCACGCUGCUUUGCCAAGUUGCUGUCACUGUGGUUUUUUUCCCCAGGUACUAGGGGAAAAAAAAACCCUCUAUUUUAUCUGAUACCACAGUGUAUCCAGACCACCCUUCCAUUGCACACCAGCUGGGAUUUCCUGGUUCACUGACAGAUAUCUUCCACCUGAAGAUAUCCCUGCCCUGCAAGGAAUGGAAAGGAGGGAACCUGUGUAACCUUUGUUUUGGUUUUGUUUUUUGGUUUUUGGGUUUUUUGGUUUUUGUUUUUUUUUUGUGAAUGAGAAAGGUUUGAUCAUCAUACAGUCACAGGUGCCGUAUUGAUUACUCCAUGCUGAUGAGGCAAUUUUAUAGUCUCCAAGUCCUCCACUAAUGCAAACUCUCUUGUGAAUUAUUCUGACUCUUUAUUAUGCAGAUUUUGAUUUGUAGGAUCAGCACUGAUUUUCUGAUUACUGUCCAGCUUGUAGUUUCGAGUUUACUGAACUACUGUCUGUUGUUUCAUAUUUAAGUGUAUUUAAAGAAAAUAAACACCAUUAUUCAAGCUAUAGAAUUUGGUGUUAUUUAAU